AGCUGUCAAAGUACACAAGGAAGUGCGUUCGGACACACCAUCUCAGGUUAAAUAUCCGUGAUGCUACAGAUUCUUGCUGUUUAGAGCUGACUGGACCUUAUUUGCUCAUGGCUACAAAUGGUUAUAUGGUACAAAGUUGGUCAACACUUCCUGACCACAUUGUUGUACGGAUACUUCUUCAUCUUGACCUUGCUGAUCGUUACAAGGCAUCCUUGGUUUGUCAGUCAUGGCAGGCAUGCUUUCAACAGCCUUGCAUGUGGCGUUACUUCCACUUUCGCUUUCUGUCCACCGUUAACCACAAUACGGACAACAUUUUUGACUACAACCAGUUCUUAGCCAAACAUGGUCACCAUGUUAGGAGUGUGAAGCUCACAUUAGAUCAAAGUGAGGAAGAGAAUAGACACUAUGCCUGUCGUGUGAUUGAGUCACUUGCCACAACUGCAGGUCGCCAACUUACAGCCAUCUGUGUCACUUUUACUGGUGAAAACCCAUUAUUUUAUGCAGGAGCUGAGUUUGUGGCUGCAUUGAAGAUGCUGUUUGGUCCAACUCCACCCACAAUUAGCCCUCCACUAUCACAGAUAGUACAUGUUGACCUCAGUGGACUUACUGCCGCCUAUGAUGAUUCAGUUUUUACAAUUUUAGCCGACAACCAUCCAAACUUGCAAUCAUUAAAUAUCCUCAACAGGAUGUUAAUUUGUAAGGUAAGUCCUUCUGCAGUGUUACAUCUUGUUGAUAAGUGUAGGAAACUGACAGACCUAAUGGCCUACCAUUGUAGUUUAUCAGAUGACAUCCUUGCGUGCUUCGCAGAAAGUGACCGAACCCCUGUGGAACAUCUGGGUAUAGUGUGUCGGAGGGAGGAGAAGUACAACAAAACACUAACAUCUGAGGUAUGGCAGGACCUAGUAACUGCUGUGCCUAAUCUCAGAGUCAGUCUGGGAUUUGAUCACACAUGUCCAUUCAACAGAAUCAAAGAACUUAUGCAGCCAGAAAUUCCAGUUAGAGAGCUCCGACUUGAAACUUUCACAAGGAUCUUUGAGGAGGUGAACAUUGCCACAGCUUACUACAGUCCUACCCUGGAAAAGAUUGUUCUACAGACUAGAAAUUCCGAUGAACUUGGAGCAGCACUCCUCAACCUAGCACGGGAUUGUAAAUUGUUAAAAUCCAUGUAUGUGUAUUGUGUACUGAAGAAAGAGGUUGUAGAAGAGAUUUUGGUCUCCUCUCCUCUACUUAAAGAACAUAAAGACUACAUACUGAAGUGGAAAGCUGACCCUGAACCGUGGGUAGUUGGGGUAGAAGAAGGGGAUUAGAGCAAAAACGGUGAUAGUCAAUAGUAGAAAUAGACAUAGAGGAUAAGCACUGGUGUUGAUAAAGAAAUGUUAUUUUAAAGGGUAGAUAAAUGUGCCAUGGGUCAUAGAACUGGGGUCAUCAGUCUUAGGGUACAGGGAAUGGAUAAAAACUGGGGUUAUUAGUCACAAGGUAUAGGAAGGGGAAAGAACUGGGGUCAUUAGUCAUGGAGUAUAGGAAGGGGAUAAGAACAAGGGUCAUUAGUCAUAGGGUACAGGAAAGGGAUAAGAAAUGGGGUCAUCAGUCAUAGGGUACCGAAAGGAAAUAAAAACUGGGGUUAUUAGCCACAGGGUAUAGAAAGGGGAAAGAAUUGGGUCGUCGGUCAUAGGGUACAGGAGAGGGAUAAGAAAUGGUGUCGUCAGUCAUAGGGUACAGGAAAGGGAUAAGAAAUGGGGUUAUUAGCUAUAGGGAAGUACAUUAUAUAGUAGAAUUUUAUCGAUGUAGGGGUUUUUAGUUCUUAUGAUAAAGGAAAUUUGUUUCAAAGAGUACAAAUUGCUAUCGGUCAUAAAAGAUGGUACAAAAGACAUUGACGUGAAUUAUACCUGUUGAUACACAUGUAUAAUUGGAUAUGGUAGAGCCAAAUAAUGAAUUGAACUCCAUCAUACAGCUGUGUCCUCUUUCCAUGACUUGUUAGUCAUGCUAAGCUCCUGAAUUUUGGAAUUUAGAGGCAACAGAGGAAAAAUGAAAAUCGAGAUGGGAUGUUGCAUUUGCCCUGUAAAUCUCUGAACUUUAUGAUGCAUGGUGUUUAAGGUGCUAGUACUCCUGUUUAGCUGACACAGUAUUGUGUAAUCAUGACUGAUUUUGUGCCAAUACAAACAUCACAUGCUCAUACUUCAAUAUUGAUAUUUGUAAAUAUCCAGUGAAAUUUGCUAUACAUAAUUUAUAUUUGACGGAAAAUUUUGUCUCACUAUACAGUAUCAAAAUUUUACAAUUUAUCCAUUACGUAUAAAGUUUAUGAAGGUUGUAUAUCAGUAAUUUGUAAAUUUAAGUAUUUUUGAGAAGUGCCUUUUUUGUGUGUAUUAAGAAUUUAAAAUGCAUAAAAAUAAAAUGUAUCAUUAGAUCAUAUAUGCUGCUUGUAUCAACAGUACUGUAAUGUGACUUUAUCAUGAAUAUUGAAGUCCUUUAUUUUAUAAGUCAAUAAAUUAAUAUUUGCUGAAGGUCAAUAUAGGACAGUUGAAUUUCUCUGUUAUACAACAAUAACUUUUUUACAAUAGUCUUAAUGACAUUAAGAUUUUUGAUGUAUUUUAAGAAAUAAUCUGUUGAUUUAUUUUAUCUAUUACUAGAUUUGUAAGUUGCCAUCAUGCCUGCAAUGUUCUAUGCAUUAAUAUAUGCUCAUUGAUAUAUUUAGAUAAAUCUUAGAUUAUUCAUUGUUUAACAGAUUUUUACAUUACAUGCAAGCGUUCUAAUGUAUAUUUAUUGGAAGAACACAUUUUCCUUUGAUAAUAAAUGGUGCAAUAUACUAUAAGUAUGUACAUAUUCUACAGAAAAUGUUCAUAUCAACCGGAUUUUUUUUUAAUGUAAUGUCAUGACAAUGUUGUUCAGAAACAAAUAAAUUCCUUACAGUGUGA